ACGUGAGGUUCAGGUAGCUGCGGAGCUACGGCAAGAGAGAGAAGGGGAAGCCGGAAGGGGCGCGAGUGAAGCAAGAGGGAGAAGACAGCUACCGAGAAGGCGAGGGGUGCGCCUGCGCCCCCCUCUCCCCCCAACUCUCCCCUCAACCAGGCUGCCCUCCUUUGCGGCCCGGGGAUACCUAGGCCCGGUCUUCCGCGCACUGCCUGGGUUUCGAGCAGCGUGCGCCCUGCCCUCGCGAUUGGCGCGGCCGCCCUUCCCCCUCGUCCCGUCCGUCCCGUCGCGUCCCGUCCCCUCGAGUGCCGCCGGCCGGGUGCCGACGCGCAUCGGCGGCAGCAGGAAUUUUUUUCUGACUCCUGGUCCCUGCCCCCGCUGCCCUUCCCACCCCAUCACGGGGCCGGCCGCUUCUCCGGCCCCAGGAUGCAGAAUGUGAUUAACACGGUGAAGGGAAAGGCACUGGAAGUGGCUGAGUACCUGACCCCGGUCCUCAAGGAAUCAAAAUUUAAGGAAACAGGUGUAAUCACCCCAGAAGAGUUUGUGGCAGCUGGAGAUCACUUAGUCCACCACUGUCCAACAUGGCAAUGGGCUACAGGGGAAGAAUUGAAAGUGAAGGCAUAUCUACCAACAGGCAAACAAUUUUUGGUCACCAAAAAUGUGCCAUGCUACAAGCGAUGCAAACAGAUGGAAUAUUCUGAUGAAUUGGAAGCUAUCAUUGAGGAAGAUGAUGGUGAUGGAGGAUGGGUAGAUACUUACCAUAACACAGGUAUCGCAGGAAUAACUGAAGCAGUUAAGGAGAUUACAUUGGAGAGCAAGGACAGUAUAAAACUUCACGAUUGUUCAGCAGUAUGCGAGGAGGAAGAAGAGGAAGAUGAAGGAGAAGCUGCAGAUAUGGAAGAAUAUGAAGAGAGUGGAUUGUUGGAAACAGAUGAGGCUACCCUAGACACAAGGAAAAUAGUAGAAGCUUGUAAAGCUAAAACUGAUGCUGGAGGUGAAGAUGCUAUUUUGCAAACGCGAACUUACGACCUUUAUAUCACUUAUGAUAAAUAUUACCAGACACCACGGCUAUGGCUGUUCGGCUAUGAUGAGCAAAGGCAGCCUUUAACCGUUGAGCACAUGUAUGAAGACAUCAGUCAAGAUCAUGUGAAGAAAACAGUGACCAUUGAAAAUCACCCUCAUCUCCCACCUCCUCCUAUGUGUUCAGUUCACCCAUGCAGGCAUGCUGAGGUGAUGAAGAAAAUCAUUGAGACUGUUGCAGAAGGUGGGGGAGAACUUGGUGUUCAUAUGUAUCCUUCCCUGUACAUGUCAUUAGUGGCACAUUGGCUCUAGGAUUUUUUUCCUGUUUGGGACAUGUAGUACAAUGGUGAUGGCACAGUACCUAUAACUUCUUUUAGCCCCUCCCAUCUAGAAGUCUUAAUGGGAGUCUUUAUUUAGGAAAUGCUGUAUUGUGAUAGUUAUGCUUUGUUCAGAUAAUUAGCACAUGUUCCUUUGUGCACCUGUCAGCUCUGCCUUACGACAGAACCUCAGGUCAGUAUUUAGGCAGCAGCUUGCCAAUUGCUUUUGCUUGUGGAAGGGUCAGUGGCUAAGAGUAUGUGAAUAUAUAACCAUUGCUCUUCAUGGAAGAAAAACUCAGUGGGCGUAAUUUAUUGGUGAAAGAAGAGUGACCUACCAAUUUAGGGAUAACAUGUGAAUAUCUUUUCCCUAAGUAUAUUUCCACUUUAACUAUUAUAAAAAAGAAUGUGUUCCCCAUGAGGUAAAAGGAAAGUUAGGUCGUGUCAUUCUGAGGUCUCUGAAGCAAAGAAUUCAGCUUAACAAAUAGGUUAAUAAAAAGUAAAACACACAAAUAAUAUUGCAUAUAUUUUUAAAGUAUAGCAGAUUUUUAUAUCUUAUAUCUUAUAUCUUACUAUGGUUUUCCUACUUUGUUCUCUGCAUUGACAAGAGGAAUAAACUUAAGUAAACUGCUGGGUCCUGAAAUACAUGUACCCAUAGCAUGGGUCAUCAAAAGCAGCCAAAGUCAAUGAGGUAGAUGCCAAAUAGUUUGAAUUAGCUUGGUGCUAGAUUGAUGUAACACUUGGUGGAUCAUGCCACUCAGGGUUAGAUGUAGUCUGUGAGGGGUCACCCCUGUCUUAGAUCUAUAAACCACCUAAGAAUUGUUAAUAAGUGUGACUCUCAGAGGAACACUGGGCUUGUUUGACAUUGAAACAAACCAAGAACUUUUGGUCCAAACCAGAUUGACUCCUGAAACCCUACUACACAUGACUUGAGCAUGCAUCUCUGUGUUGGGCACUGGGUAGCAAAUUGUAAGAAUCUAUGUAUAAGAAUUGAGUUAUCAGUUCCCCCAAUAAAAAUUAAGGUCUUAAUA